AUGGACUACAAAACUUUACAACUCAAUCUCUCAUCAGCAAAAGAUCUCAACAACGUUAACCUCUUCUCCAAAAUGCAAGUUUACGCCGUCGUUUCAAUCUCCGGCGACCCGGUCAAUAACCAAAAGACUAAAACACCUCUUGACAGAGAAGGAGGCGCUAAUCCUGCUUGGAAUUUCUCCGUUAAACUCACAUUCAAUGAAUCUCUCGCUCGCCAGAAUCGUUUGACUCUCGAAAUCAACCUUCGUUGUCCCGGCAGCCUCGCCAUCGAUAAAGACGUGGGUAGCGUCCAAGUUCCUCUCGGUGAGCUUCUCAAACAGACUGGUGACGGGAAAACCUUCCAACAUGUUAGUUACCAAGUUAGAAAACCGUCUGGAAAACCAAAAGGUUCCUUUAGUUUUUCUUACAAAUUCACUGAGCCGGUGAACCACAAUCAUAAGGUGGAACCUGUUAUGGUUACGGGUUAUCCUUCUCCGGCGGUGGGGUCAGCUUCUGCACCUUAUCCUAUUGUGUAUCCUCCUCCUCCGACUCAGCCGCAAUAUCCGACCGAAUAUACGUAUCCGUCGCCUUCACCGUUGUACGGUGAGUAUCAACAAACUCCGGUUAAUUAUUUUUAUCCGCCACAGAACGGCUAUGUGUACCCGCCUCCACAGGGAGUACCUGUUGUAAAUAGCCAUUUUUAA